AUGGACACCCUCUACUCCUCUCUCCGCGGCGACCGCCUCAUCACCAUCUACGUCGGCCGUGAUCCCCAGCCGAUCUCCAUCCAAGAGGCCUUGCUCUGCAACACCGCGGAGUACUUCAAGAACCUCCUGACGAAUGGCCAUUUUAAGGAAUCUCAGACCGGUGUCGUUAGCUUCCCGGAAGACGAUGUCGAGUCGUGGAAGCUGCUUGCCUACUGGGCAAUGCACCGCACGCUCCCAGACUCAGUCGACGUGGUUUCGUGCUGUAAGGCCUGGUAUUUGGGUGACAAGUACAUGAUGCCGGCCUUCCAAGACGAAGCCAUGUACGCCAUCUUGAACGAAGUCCUCGACACCGUCAUGACCGACGACGCUUUCGUUGAUCUGUUCACUGCCACUCUGCCAGAAACGAAGCCGCGUCAGCUCCUUGCCGAGUUGCUCGUCGAUCUCGUUUUGCAUGAUGGUCUCCUCGAGUGGAGCGAUUUGCCAAAAGUUCAGAGCCAGCAGAACCACAUGGCGAGCAUUCUGGCCGCGAUGGAUGAUCUGAAGAAUGCUGGCCAUUCGCGCUCUCGCGGCGACCUGCGUGAUGCUGAAGGCCGCGACGGCAAGCCAUUGUGGAUGCGGUACAUGGUCGCCAAUGGUCCGAAGGUAGCUGGGGGCUGGUACUGGCACCACGAUAGGGAGGAAUGGCGACUGGCUUCGUUCUGA